GAAGUUUCCAAGUCUGUUACACACAUAGAUUAUCUUCCUUCCUCACACACAUCAAUUUUACGACUUAAACCUAACUUUUAUUUGACGAAAUGGCUUUGAAGCGUAUUAAUAAAGAACUUGCAGACCUCGGUCGUGAUCCGCCCACCUCAUGCAGCGCAGGACCAACAGGAGACAACCUGUUCCAGUGGCAAGCAACAAUCAUGGGACCAAGUGAUUCACCGUAUGCAGGAGGAGUUUUCUUUUUGAGCAUCACUUUCCCGACCGAUUACCCAUUCAAGCCACCAAAGGUCUCAUUCUCGACAAAAAUCUACCAUCCCAACAUCAACUCAAACGGAAGUAUUUGUCUCGAUAUCUUGCGUGACCAAUGGAGUCCAGCUUUAACUAUUUCAAAAGUUCUAUUAUCUAUUUGUUCAAUGUUGACCGAUCCAAACCCUGACGACCCACUGGUUCCAGAAAUUGCCAACCUGUAUAAAACAGACCGACCACGAUACGAAAGCACAGCAAGAGAAUGGUGUCGCAAAUACGCUAUGUAAGGAAGGCUUUUGCAGUUUGACAAAGGCAAAGAAGGAAAUGUCUCACAAGAUAGUUCGGGUUGACAGAGAAAUGUGAUCAACAUUUUGUAAGAUCGCUUUUUGCUACCGUUCAAUGUUAAUGAGAUCAAUUCUUUCAACGCAUUGCGGUGAUUCUCUUUAAUUUUCUCUCUCGAUGACUAUGGGUUUUAUUGCGUUUCUUUCUCUUUUUCUUUGUCGCCUCUUCCUUUUGCACAUUUUUAUUCGCCACUUCUCAUCGAUCAUACAUACAUCUUACACGCCACUACAAUGAUAUAAAUAUAAUUCAUCUU